AAUAAUAACAAUAAUCGAUUGAAGAACGCUUUUUCUCGUCGUAGUUGUUGUUGUUAGUAUUUUUUUUUGUCUGCAUUUUGGAUAAUAUUCGAAAUCCAACCGCGAGCCCUCUUCACCAAUCCACCCCUCUGUUAACACAUUUUCUUUUUCAAUCGUUCAAUCGGCCGAUGGAUGGAUGAAUCGAUUGUCUGACCGCUUUGAAUAAAACAAAAAGUUUCGUAAGCAGUUGCCCCCUCCGGCGAAGAUUUUUUGGAACGUGUCCGUCUGCGUGUAUGUGGCGUGCCGCUUCUACAUAUACGGUUAGGUGCUACGAUUAGGUGGUGUAGAUGGAGAUAUCGCGUUACGUGUACGUCUGUUUCUUCGAAAACAAAAAAACCAACGACGAACGAAAACGAAAUUGAAAUCUAACAAAACUUGUUGAACAGAAAUACCAGGCACAGCGCAGCUGAGGCAGAGACAGAGGCAGCAGGAGUAGUCGCUCGCCGUCGCAGCCGUUGUUGGACAACAUCUUCGACGCUGACGCCUUUAACACCAUCACCAGCACCACCACAACCACCGCCAAGCAAACACUGGCCUGUUGCUGCCUUCAACGCCAGCGUUGAAUUGCUGCUCAUAUCAGACGCUCGCUUGUUGUGUUGUCAUCAACUUUGCACUUUUGCGCUCGCUUAACUUUCGUUAAGCUUACAGAUUGUUUUAGCGCUUGCUGCAGUAAGCACGCGUGCGCGGUAUAUUUCCUUAAACAAAAAUUAAGCCUUAACAAAGGAACAGUGGAGAAACGUUUUUUUUGUUAUUUUUUUGGUCUGACAGCAGCAGAAAGCCUUAACAUUUUUUUCCAUUUCAUUUCGAAGACAGCCAAUAACGCGUAACGAAAUCGAAUUCAAAUAACUCGCUGGCAGUGUUCGUUGAAACGUGUAGUUUUGUGAGUGUGCGUGCGUGUGUGUGCCUUGUGUCCUUGCGAAACAUUUUUUUUUCAAUUCUGGUCACCAAUUAUCCUGUCCAUGUAUAAGCAACAACAACAACGUUAUGCUAAACGGCAAAAGCAACAAAGAUAACAAAUUAUUAAUCGGUUAUUAUCUUUUUGGCAAAACGAAUUUCUUCUAUCUCUAACGAAAGAGAAGAAAUCGAAAUAGAAGAAGGAGAAGGAGAAAACAAAAAAGAAAUAACAAAAAGAAGAAAAACCAAAAAAAAAAUUUCCCAACCACUUUUCCUCAACUGCAACUCGCCACACUAACCAAAGUGUUUCAAACAGAAAAAAAGAAGAAAAAAAAAGAAAGAAAAAAAAAAUUACUCGAAAAUACAAACAAGUGUUUCCUGUUUUGAAAAAUUUAUUAUAGCAAAGUUUUAGUGCCAAAAUCAAAUAAAAAACCGUUUAUACAAAAACAAAACGACUACAUAUUAAACAAACAAACAAAAAAAAAACAUAUAAUUAUUCAAAUAACAAAAUCGACUAUUUGAAAAAGAAAACGAAACAAACCAGUCAAAUUUUCUAUUUUAUUAUUUAAUUUAUUCAACCACCACCCCCUCUCAACCCAGUCAUAUCCUUGCUAAGGAUUAAGAAUAUACAAAACGAAGAUGGAGAAACAGAGCUUUUUAAUUGGAUUAAUAUUAUGGUGCCUAUGUUCACCGGCCCAUCUGCUGCGCAUUCCCGAAGAUCUCGAAGAUAAUGCCUCGAAAGCUUUGCAAUUGGAGCGGGCGCGUUCGCUAGCCUCCUGCAAUGGUGAGGAGAGUGAGGGAGCCAAGGGUUUUGAUGUCUGCCCACCGAGCAAAUAUCGUCUACCCACCGGUGAAUGUAACAAUGUGUCGCAUCGCAAAUGGGGUGCUCGCGGUGAUAUUUUCAUGCGUCUCUUGUCGGCCGAUUAUGCCGAUGGUGUCAGUCGUCCACGCACCUCCCAUGGCAGACAUGCUUUGCCAGAUGCUGAAUUUGUUAUUGAUCAGCUGCAAAAACACAUCGAUGGUGAUUUAAGGCAUCCCCAUAUCACGGCCAUGUUACCAGCCUGGGGACAAUUGUUGGCCAAUGAUUUGUACGAGGUCGCCCAACUGCCCAUUGAUGGCAAAUGUUGUCGCAGCAGCCUGGAACGUAAUCCCCAUGAAAUUGAACAGUGUUAUGUGAGGUCUGGAGAAGAUUGCAAGGAAUAUAGACGCUCGGCUCCUGGCUAUGAUGCUGAGACGUGCAAUAAACAUCAACGUGAACAAAUGAAUGUUGCCUCCGCCUACAUUGAUGCUAGCGGCCUGUAUGGCUCGACCAUGAAGGAAUUCCAUGACAUCCGUACCUUCAUCAGCGGUGGUGUUAAGGUGGAAUCUUGCAAAUAUUGCCGUGUCCCCGGUGCCACUGGCGCCUUACAUCGUGCCUUGUUGCAGGAACACAAUAAAAUCGCCGAACAAUUGACUCACUUGAACACCGAUUGGUCUGAGGAAGAUGUCUUCUUGGAAGCUAGACGCAUUAUUAUUGCCCAAAUUCAACACAUUACCUAUAAUGAAUUUUUGCCUUUGGUUUUGGGUCAGGAGACAACAGCCAAGGAAGGUUUGAGACUUGCUGCUGAAAAACACUCCACCAACUAUUCCAGUACAAAUCGUGGUGGAAUUUUCAAUGAAUUCGCCACCAGCGCCAUGCCAGCUUUCCUCACCAUGUAUCCACCAGAGAUGCUUUCCCACACCAUGUCCGCUGCCCAACUACUGUCUGUACAGGCUUUGCAAAAAUCCCUUUUACCCUCUACCGUCAACGAAGAAGGUUGGAGUGAGUUGGCCUUGGCCUUACAUCGUGCCCGUGAUCAUGGCAUACCAGCCUAUGUUCAUGCCUUGGAUUUGUGUGAGAAACGUUUCGAUGAUAAUGCCAAUAUUACUUUUGAUAAUUUGGCCAAAUACUCGACCAUUCCCGAAGAAUAUAUUACCAAUUUGAGGGAUAUCUAUCAAAGUGCCAAUGAUAUUGACCUAUUGACUGGUGCUCUAUUGGAAGAUCCUGCCGUUGGGGCAUUGUUCGGUCCAACCAUUACCUGUCUGUUGACAUUGCAAUUUGAACAUUUGAAAAAGACCGAUCGUUUCUGGUAUGAAAAUGAUAUACCACCAUCGUCGUUUACUUUGGAGCAGCUGAAGGCCAUACGUCAAACCACAUUGUCCGGUUUGUUGUGUGCCUCGAACCAGGUGGCCGAGGCUCAGUCGAAGGCCUUUAUUGUCCAGGAUAAUUUCUUGAAUACUCUCUUGGGCUGUGACCAAAUUGCCAAAUUCGACUUGCGCCCCUGGCAAUCGAAUACCGAUGAAAUCGAAGCCAUUGAACAUGUCGAGGUUGAGCCUGAGGUAAAGGAAGUCAUUAGUGAAUUGAGUCCUGAUCUCUUGGAGGCCGCUGUGGAGAGGGCAAAAAUUGAGCUGGAAGAACGUAAACGUUUUGAAUACGAAUCCUGGUUGGCACAGGGUGGCAUCAGUGCCAAGAGUCCUGAUGGUGUGGCUGCCUCUUUCAGCAAGGCCAAUCGCCAAGCCCUACUGCUGGCCAACUCUUCCUUGAUCUAUGAAUUGGCUUCCAAUGAAAUUGUCAACACCCUGAACUCCAUUAAUCGCCGCAAACGUCAAAUCUUCGAUUCCAGUCUGAGCAAUUUCAAUCGCAACGACUUGACUGAAACAUUGUCCACCAUUGACAUCACCAGCUUCUUGCCCACAACUCAUCAGGCCACCAAGGAAUGUGAUGAUCCUGCCGUGUCCUGUGAUACUACGACACCUUUCCGUACCAUGACCGGUUAUUGUAACAAUUUACGUAAUCCCAGCUGGGGUAAGGCCUUGACAACCUUCUCACGUCUCCUGCCGGCCCAGUAUGAUGAUGGUGUCUCGAAACCAAGAUUGUUGGCUGUCACCGGUGCCCCCUUGCCCAAUCCCCGUACCGUGUCAACUGUCAUUCAUCCUGAUAUUUCCAAUUUGCAUACCCGCUACUCGCUCAUGACUAUGCAGUUUGCCCAGUUCAUUGAUCACGAUUUGACCAUGACACCCAUUCACAAGGGUUUCCACGAAUCCAUUCCCAGUUGUCGUCGCUGCAAUUCUCCCCAGACUGUGCAUCCUGAGUGUAAUCCCUUCCCAGUGCCACCCGGUGAUUAUUAUUACCCUGAAGUGAAUGUGACAAGUGGUGAACGUUUGUGCUUCCCCUCGAUGAGAUCUCUGCCUGGUCAAUUGACCCUGGGUCCUCGUGAUCAGAUCAAUCAAAAUACCCACUUCUUGGAUGCUUCCAUGAUCUAUGGUGAAAAUCCCUGUGUGGCCAAUCGUCUGCGUGGCUUCUCUGGCCGUUUGAACUCCACCAUCCAUCCCAUACGUGGCAAGGAAUUGUUGCCUCAAACCAACUCCCAUCCUGAGUGUAAAUCACGCAAUCGCCUGUGCUUUGAUGGUGGUGAUGAUCGUGCCUCCGAACAGCCAGGUUUGACUGCCAUCCACACCAUAUUCUUGCGUGAACAUAAUCGCAUUGUUGAGGGUCUGCGCGGCGUCAAUCCCCAUUGGAAUGGUGAUCAGUUGUUCCAACAUGCCCGUCGUAUUGUCAGUGCCCAGGUCCAACACAUUACGUUCAACGAGUUCUUGCCACGUAUUUUGAGUUGGAAUGCUGUAAAUUUGUAUGGCUUGAAGUUGUUGCCCCAAGGCUACUACAAGGACUAUAAUCCCUCAUGCUCUCCGAUUAUUUUCAAUGAAUUUGCUGCUGCCGCUUUCCGUAUUGGUCAUUCGCUGCUGAGACCUCACAUUCCUCGUUUGAGUCCCCAACAUCAGCCCGUUGAUCCUCCAAUUCUGUUGCGUGAUGGUUUCUUCAAAAUGGAUGCCAUGUUGCAGCCCGGUAUUAUUGAUGAAAUUGUUCGUGGUCUGGUUGCAACUCCCAUGGAAACCUUGGAUCAAUUUAUCACUGGCGAGGUAACCAACCAUUUGUUCGAAGAUCGCAAGAUUCCCUUCUCUGGUGUGGAUUUGAUUGCCCUAAAUAUUCAAAGAGGUCGCGAUCAUGGUCUGCCAUCGUACAACAACUAUCGUGCCUUGUGUAAUCUGAAACGUGCCACCACCUGGAAUGAUUUGAGCCGUGAAAUUCCCUCUGAAGUUAUUGCCCGUUUCAAGAAAAUCUACCCCACCGUGGAUGAUAUUGAUCUAUUCCCUGGUGCCAUGACAGAGAGACCGUUGCAAGGUGGCUUGGUUGGCCCUACGUUGGCCUGUAUCAUUGGUAUUCAAUUUAGACAGUUGAGAAAGUGUGAUCGUUUCUGGUACGAAAAUCAAAAUCCCGAAGUGAAAUUUACCGAAGCCCAAUUGGCUGAAAUCCGCAAGACAACAUUGGCCAAGAUUUCGUGUGAGAAUUUGGAAAUUGCCGGUGAUAUGCAACGUGCUGCCUUCGAUUUGCCCAGUAAUUUCUUAAAUCCACGUGUCCCCUGCCAUUCGAUGCCACAAAUCGAUUUGAGUGCCUGGCGUGAAAAUGUCCAAGGCUGUCAAAUUGGAAAUCGUCAUGUAAGAGUUGGUGAAUCGGCCUUCCCUUCGCCAUGUACCAGCUGUGUUUGCUCCACCGAAGGAGCCCAAUGUGCAUCGUUGCGCAUCACAGACUGUGGCCAGCUGAUUCGUCAAUGGCCCAAGGAAGCCAUUCUGCGCGAUGAAGUGUGCAAUUCACAGUGUGGCAUCUAUUUGACGGGACAAAAUGGUGGCAAUUUCAAUGCCCAGGCAAGGCAGGGUGCCUCAGUGCCGCCCUCACGUGUGCAACGUUCCAGACCACAAAACCUCUUCAAGUUCCCCGAUUUGACACCAUUCAUAGCAUCAUUGUAAAUUAAGGAACACAUUAUUUUUAUAUAAAUAUCCAAAAAAUAUACAUAAAUGUAAUUUUAAAAAAUACUAUUCCUUUACAAAAACAGCAACAACAACAAAGUCUUAAACGAGAAACAACAAAAUCCAAUAAGUCCGCCAUUAGUUUGAAUAAAGAGCGCAGCGAAGAAGUUUAUCUAGUUUUCGAGCCGAAACAAAAUUUAGAGGCUUUAAAACGUCGUUCUUAACCAAUAUAUAUUUUUUUCCUUAGAAAACUAAAUAAUAUUUUAUUUUUUGUUUAUCUACUACGAACGAUAAAUAUUUUUAACUAAUGUAAAUAAUUUAAUAAAAAAAAAACAAAAUAAAUAAUAUUGUUAGAAAAAAUAUGUAUGUAAAUAAUGUUUCUGCCAAAAAAACAAAAAAAAACUAAAUAAAAUAUUUGGCACAAACAAAAAACGGAAAUGACUUUAGGAAUCUUGAAAAUUAUUUCCCAUAAUUAAAAAAAAAUUAAAUAAAAAACUUUUUUUAACUAAUUGUUAUAAAACUUUAAAGACUUAUUUUGUAUGAAUGCACUUUUUGAUACCCAAUUCUCUUAUAAAAAAAUCCCAAUAUUCUAAAGUUAAAGUUAUUAAAUGUUAUGUUUUUUUUUUAAUUUCCAAUUGCCUUACAUAAAGUUCGGAAUUUUACUGGUUUUUUAAUAAUUUUGUUUUCAACUCUUUCCAUAGUUUUAAUGACUUCAUGUAAAAAAAAUGUCUUUUAUUCAUUUUUCCUAUAAAAACUGCCCACAAUUUUUCCUAAAAAUUUAAAUUUUUUAUUAUUUUUUAGUUUUGUUUUUACUUAUAUAAAGAAAAAAAAAACCUAUAUAACGUUAAUAGAAAUCGCCUUUUUCUUAUUAAACGAAAAUAAUAUUGUUCCAUUAGAUUUCUAUUGCAUUUCUAUUGCUUAUUUAUUAAAAUAAAUUAUAAACGAAGUUGAUGAUGAUGAAGAUGAGUUAAACCUUUAUAUAUAUGUUAUGUCAAUGUCAUUUAAGCGAACUUAAUAUAUAAAAAAUAU